AUCGCGCGUGUAUACUGUGUCGCUAGCGCUACUGGCCACUUGAUUGCGUUUCUCAAACUUUUAACUAAAGUCACUAGAAAUGUUUAAGUGCAAGCGUUGUGAGUUAGAAUCGAGGGAUGGUGUCACAUGCACAGUGUGUGAGGCCAAGUUCGAUUUUCCCUGUGCAGGCAUCACUGAGGGCGGGUGGAGAAGGCUUGGGGAUCGUAAAUUAACCUGGAAAUGCCAGAGCUGCAAGUCUACUCCAGCUGCCAGCCCUCUUACUGGGUCUAUUAAGGCGACAUCUGCGGAGUCGGAAACUAUUCUAUCCGAGCUUAAACGUCUGUCAACUCAAAUGGAGGCGUUACCCAUGUUGAUAGAGAGCAUGAAAGCAAUCCAAAACGAGCUCGUGGAACUUAAAACGAUUAAGGAAGAAUUCUCAGUUGUGAAAUCAUCCCUUGAGACUUUCAGUCAGGAUAUUAAAGCUUUGACAUGUAAGAUGUCGGAUCUUGAGGACGAAAUUGAGACAUUGAAGAGGACUAGAGAGGAAAUCAUAAGUCUGCAAGAACGAAUUGUGAAGCUUGAGAAUCAGCAUAGUGAAAGUGAGCAGAGGUCUCGCAUGAACAAUAUUGAGAUCAAAGGGGUGCCCGUAUCUAAUGAUGAAGAUCUGUUCGCUAUUAUGGCGAAGAUUGGGGAUACAAUUGAUUUUCAUAUUCCAAAGGAACAGAUUAAUUAUGUAGCAAGGGUGCCGACACGAAAUGACAAACUUAACAAAAAUAUUAUCUGCUCGGUGCACAAUAGCUACUUGAAGAAUGAUUUUGUAGCCGCCGCGAAAAAAUAUAAAAAGCUAAAUGCUGGUAAUUUGGGUUUACAAGGUACGAACAGAAUCUACAUUAAUGACCAUUUGACAUUAGAAAAUAAAAUCCUGCUCAAUAAAACCAAAGCUCAAGCCAAAGAACGUGGUUUUGAACAUGUCUGGGUGAGGGGAUGCAAAAUACUAGUGCGAAAAAACAUGACUUCUCCUAAAUAUCACAUCAAAACUCAGCAAGAUUUAAAAAAGUUUUUAUGUUAAAAGUAUUGAGUCGAUUUCCUUGUUGGAUAUUAAUACACUUCGAGUCAUUAACUUUGAGAACCGCAGGUUAUGAAUGGAUUGGCUGACACUCCGGAACUGGUGAACAAAAUAGGACUGCGUGUGCCUUCUACAUUUCUACGCAGAUUUAAUCUUCUAGACACACAUGCGGCUAAAACCACGUAUAGACAAAACUCUUAU